AUGUGGGAGUGAGAUAGUAUGAGUGAGCGAGUAAGAUGAUAGGAAAUGGUAGAUGGCGCCACUGGCGAUUCAUAUUAUAACCUUGUUGUCAUGUUGUGUGCACUCGCAAGAGACUCGCAAGUUAUUAAUUAAAAUAAACGUGUAAAACCAGUAAUCUGCGUCUAAUUUCCCCACAAUUUGGGGGCUCGACCGCGAUUGAUCUAAAGACGAACGAUUCCUGAAGAUUCAAGACGAUUUCACGAAGAUUUCAAGACGACAAGACGGAAGACGCACGUGGAUACGUGGGUGAAAAUUUUCGUAGUUACUGGUUUUCGGUGUGUAAAGACGUACAAAUUACGACGCGAGUGAAUUAACACAACAAAAUCAUGCCGAAAGGACGACGCGUGAAUGCAAGUGCUUCUUUUGACGAGACUGUGGUGGCUGAAACACGGCCCGUGAUGCAGGUUGGAUUUGGGGACGACUUAGUUCCUAAGUUCAGUGGCCAAGACAAAAUCUACGCUGUCUCGAGGUGGAUUCAAGACGUGGAGGACAAUGCUGAGAUACUGCAGUGGACUCCGUUGCAACAACUUAUUGUCGCGAGAAGAUCGUUGGUGGGCACCGCGGCGCUAUGGCUGAAAUCAGAGCGGCCUUUCAAGACGUGGGACGAGAUGAAACAAGCGUUAGCCAAAGAAUUUCCGGAUUCCAUAGAUCAAAAAACACUACACGAAACCAUGGCCAGCCGUAAGAAACAUGAAGACGAGAGCUGCCUCGAUUACCUUCUCGUCAUGAAGGAGUUGGGCAAACGCGGCAGGAUGGCGGACUACGUGGCCAUAAAAUACAUCAUAGAAGGCAUACAAGACGCAGAAUGCAAUAAGAUUAUGUUGUAUGGGGCGACCACGUACCCCGAACUCAAAGAAAAGUUACGUAUAUACGAGGUGGUAAAAGAAAAACUUAAGAUAGAAGGUGCUACCAGAAGACCUAGGGAACCUAUGACGCAUACAAGACUGCCCAGACUGCCUGCGCUGAGAUGCUACAACUGUGGAGAGAGAAACCAUCACUCUAGAGAAUGCCCGCAUCAACAUCUUGGGCUAAAAUGUUUUAAGUGUAAUGGUUUUGGGCAUAUCGCGACGAGUUGCAAUGUCCAGCCACGCCAGCCAGAGGGGGCGUCGCAAUCGGCACAAACUUCAACAAGCGGAAACUACGGCGGCCAAUCAGAUGCAAGAACUAGCCGUCCAAACUUCCGGGGACAACAGUCAUUCCGGCAGGUUGGCAACAAUGGCGGCGGAGAGACGCGACAACUUCAAGGUGGACCAAGACGGACGAUGUUCGCAGCGGAAAAUCAAAAUGCGACGACAGAGGGCAGCACCUACGCAAACAUGGCGGAUACGAGGACCAAUGGCGUGCCGAUCGAUAUGUCAAUCGAUGACAUUGACAGACGUUUGACAACUGACAGCAAUGAGGUUAUGUUGAACGUAAACAAAGAUGUUUCAAACACGACGAAGGAAAUAUGGUUGAAAAAACCCGAAAAAGACGUGAAGAUUAUGGAAAAUAUGGCAAGCGCACUUAUCGACACGGGCAGCGAAGUGAAUUUAAUGUCGGAAACGUUCUACAACACAAUCGGAUGUCCCAAAUGUGAUGAUGAAAUACUUGCGUUGUCGGGACUUGGACAAAUGAAAGUGCAUUCUAUGGGAAAGUUGACGGUUCCAGUGAUUAUUGAUGGACACGAAUAUCACAAAGUUUCAUUCCAUGUCGUUUCUAAAGACUCUAUGCCGUAUAAGUUAAUAAUAGGACAAGACUUUUUACAAAAUGUGACAAUGUUAAUGAAUGAAGGGAACAUAAUGUUAUUGCCGUCGAGUGAGGAUUGGUUGCGCAAUAUUUCAUGUUUUGUUUCAGAUAGCAUUUAUGAUAUAGGUUGUGAGGCUAGCCCAGCCAUCCAACAACAGGUGCAGGGUUUGGUAGAAGGCUACCAACCAAUGAAGACGAAGGAUGCUCCCAUUCAACUGCGUAUUAUACUGAAGGACGACAUACCUGUGGCUCAGCGACCAAGACGGCUGGCCAUCAGUGAACAAGAAGAAGUUGAAAGGCAGAUUGAACAGUGGCUCAAAGAUGGAAUAAUUCAGGUGAGUUGGUCAGAAUAUGCUAGUCCAUUAGUGUUAACUCGGAAGAAGGAUGGUACUACUCGGAUUUGUAUAGAUUACAGAUUAAUCAACAAGAAGAUGGUUAAGGACGAGUACCCAUUGCCGAUCAUUGAGGACCACAUUGAUCAGUUAGCAUCAGCGAAGGUAUACAGUACGUUGGACUUAAAAAAUGGUUAUUUUCAUCUACCUGUACAUGAGGAUUCAGUAAAGUUUACUGCCUUUGUUACACACAAUGGCCAGUUUGAGUUCUUGAAAGCACCAUUUGGUUUAGCCGUUUGUCCCAAAGUUUUCACAAGAUUUAUAACGAUAAUCUAUCGUGAGCUGAUUGCCAAAAAGAUUGUAUUAAUAUUCAUCGACGAUUUAUUAAUUCCAGCUCAAACUGAAAGACAGGCCGUAGAGCGGCUGCAAGAAGUACUGCAAGUAGCAUCACAGUAUGGACUGGAGAUGAACUGGAAGAAGUCACAGUUGGUUGUCAAAAGAGUGGAGUAUUUAGGCCACAUUAUUGAGAAUGGCCAGGUGAAACCAUCGCCAGACAAGACAGAGGCUGUACGAAGAUUUCCUGAACCAAAGACGAUUAAACAGCUGCAGAGUUUUGUUGGUCUAACAUCUUACUUCCCUUUUCAGAUGACGCUCAUGAAGAGAGAUAUGUCUACAUCCACAAGAGUGGCCAGAUGGAUAAUGCUCCUUCAGGAGUACAACUUCACGGUGGAGCACAGAAAGGGAUCCCAAAUGCGACAUGCAGAUGCGCUGAGCAGAAACCACUAUGUAGCAAUGAUAACAUCUGAUUUUCAAGAGAAACUGAAGCAAGCCCAACUGAGAGAUGUUGCUUUAAAGGCGGUAAUGGAGAUUUUGAAAGAGAGACCAUAUGAAGACUAUUGGCUUGAAAAUGGGCUAUUGUUUAAGGGUCCCGAGAAGCAUCUGGUGGUACCUAAAUGCAUGGAGAUGGAGCUGAUACGUCAAGCUCAUGAAAACGGUCAUUUUGGCAAGAAGAAAACAAUUGAGUUACUGAAAAAAGAUUAUUAUGUCAAGAAUUUGGAUAGAAAAGUGGAGGAAUACAUUCAGACUUGCAUACCAUGCUUGUUGGCUAGCCGGAAGACUGGUAAGCAGGAAGGUUUCUUAUCACCAAUCGAUAAGGGUGAGCUGCCACUAGACACAUUGCAUAUCGACCACAUCGGACCAAUGACAGAGACCAAGAAACAGUAUAAUUAUAUUUUAACGAUGAUUGAUGCAUUCACCAAGUAUACAUGGAUAUUUCCUACGAAGAGCACAACAAGCAAAGAAGCGAUAGAUAAAUUGAAGAUUCAUCAACAGCUGUUCGGAAACCCAAGACGAGUGGUGACAGAUAGAGGCACGGCCUUCACAAGUAAAGACUUUGAAGAAUACUGUGAGGAGGAGAAGAUACAGCAUAUCACAAUUACCACAGGAAUCCCUCGAGGUAACGGUCAAGUGGAGAGGAUCCACCGAGUAAUUAUCUCAGUGUUGACGAAGAUGUGUAUCCAGCAGCCGGAUAUUUGGUACAGACAUGUAAGUCGCCUACAGCAAGCUUUGAACAGUACUUACCAAAGAAGCGUUGAUUCUUCACCAUAUGAGCUACUGAUUGGUACGAAGAUGCGAUUAAAGGAAGAUACCGAAAUAUUAAAUUUAAUUCAACAAGAAACAAGAGACAUCUUUAUGAGUAACCGGGAUGAACUGAGAGUUAAAGCUAAAGAACAGAUUUUGAAAAUUCAACAAGAAAACAAAAAGAACUAUGAUAAGAAGAGAAAAGAAAGCACACACUAUCAGAUAGGGGAUUUGGUCGCUAUAAAGAGGACACAGUUUGGUGUUGGCAUGAAGUUGAAACCAAAGUACUUGGGUCCUUAUAGAAUAACCAAAUCGAAAGGUCUCAACAGAUAUGAUGUCGAAAAAGUGGAUAUGUCCAAGGAAGGACCUAAAAAGACUUCAAGUGCUGCUGAUUUCAUGAAGAAAUGGCCUGGCGGAAAUAUGGAUAAUAACACACUGUCUGAGGAUGAUGGCAACAGCAGUGAAGACUGAACUAGCUAAAGUAAUUAUUUUUUUAACCCAUUUUGUAUGUUGCAGGUCCUCACGCGAUGGUCAUGACAUUGUGUUCCAUUCAAAACAAAUAGGCAUUGCACUAGUUAGUAAAAUUAUUUCAGAAUAGAUUUUCUACUUAAAUUUCAGUUACUUACACAAUGUGUCAAAAUGUUAUUUUCAUAAUACCUAUAAGUACAGUUAAACUGUGUUGUUUACUUAAGAUUUCAUAUUGUAAGCUAUAAGUUUUCAUACUUACCUAAUUAAAUCUAGAAUUAAAAGUAUGUACCUACAUAAGGUUUUAGUUUAAAAGUUUCUAAAUAAUGUUGUAUUGUUGUUAUGUCAGAUAAGAGUUUGAUACUUACAUAGGACUCAUACAAAUAAAUAUAUACCUAACUAUUAAGUUUUGAGUUGUACCUAUUUUGUUUUCAGUAUGAGAUAAUGCUGUUUUGUUGUUAUAUUAUAAAGUUUAUGAUUAAGAGAUAAAUAAGUAAGAUAUACAUAGGAGAUAAUACAUGUUACCAAGUUGUUCAGUUUUGAGUUUUGAUGUAAAAUAAUGAGUUUUUUUUUAUGUGUAACUUUAUGUGUGCACUAAGGUUAGUCUAGGGUCAGACUAAAUGCAGGAUGGCCGAGUGUGGGAGUGAGAUAGUAUGAGUGAGCGAGUAAGAUGAUAGGAAAUGGUAGAUGGCGCCACUGGCGAUUCAUAUUAUAACCUUGUUGUCAUGUUGUGUGCACUCGCAAGAGACUCGCAAGUUAUUAAUUAAAAUAAACGUGUAAAACCAGUAA